AUGGUCACCAGGACAGAGGGUCAAAUUGAUGACUCUCUAAUUGGUGGCAAUGCCUCUGCUGAAGGUCCUGAGGGAGAUGGAGCAGAAGCCACGGUCAUAACUGGUGUUGAUAUAGUAAUAAACCACCACCUCCAGGAAACCAGUUUUACAAAAGAAUCCUACAAGAAGUACAUCAAGGACUACAUGAAAGCAAUUAAAGCCAGACUUGAGGAACACAAGCCAGAGAGAGUAAAGCCUUUCAUGACAGGGGCUGCAGAACAAAUCAAACACAUCCUUGCAAACUUCAAAAACUACCAG